CAAUUCCUCCGCUCGGUUCUGUUGAGCUGAGAUCAGACGCCUGUGGAUCAGAGCGCGGAUCUCCAGCUGAGCCUCAUCACACAGUCGAACUGUUCGGAUAACAUCACGUUCAGCAAAACGCCGUUUAUGGUUUUAACUGAAGACUUCACAAUGUCUCGCACCGACGAGGUCCACCGCAUUACGGAAAAUGUCUAUAAGACCAUCAUGGAACAGUUCAAUCCCUGUUUGCGGAAUUUCAUCGCCAUGGGAAAGAACUACGAGAAGGCUCUCUCAAGUGUGACGUUUGCAGCAAAGGGCUAUUUUGAUGCUCUGGUGAGAAUGGGAGAGCUGGCCAGUGAAAGCCAAGGAUCUAAAGACUUGGGGGACGUGCUUUUCCAGAUGGCAGAGGUCCACCGGCAGAUUCAAGUGCAGUUAGAGGAAAUGUUAAAAUGCUUCCACAAUGAGCUGCUAUCGGAGCUGGAGAAGAAAGUGGAAUUGGACGCAAGAUACCUGACUGCGGCUCUUAAGAAGUACCAGAUUGAGCACAAAAGCAAAGGAGAGAGUCUGGAGAAAUUCCAGGGUGAGCUGAAGAAACUGCGGAGGAAGAGCCAGGGCAGCAAGAACCCCUCCAAGUACAGCGAGAAGGAGAUGCAGUACGUUGAGACCAUCAGCAGCAAACAGAGUGAGCUGGAUAGCUUCAUUGCAGAGGGCUACAAAACAGCACUUUCAGAGGAACGUAGGAGAUACUGUUUCCUGGUGGACCGCCAGUGCGCCGUGGCCAAGAACAGCAGCGCCUACCAUGGCAAGGGUAAGGACUUGUUAACCCAGAAGAUCCCAGUGUGGCAGCAGGCCUGUUCAGAGCCCAACAAGCUUCCCGAAAGGGCCAUGCUGCUCGCCCAGCAGAUGACUUCUGGUUCCAGCACCCUCCUCUCCAGCCCUCUGCACUCCUCCAAGGGCAACCUGGUCAUCUCAGAUCCCAUUCCUGGAGCACAACCCCUGCCUGUGCCCCCAGAACUAGCUGCCUUCAUGGGAAGUGGCCUUGGCCAUCAGGGGCGGCUAAUGGGUCCUGAUGGCAUGUCUCUGGUGAACGGGACAACAGGGGUCCAUGGAGACGACUACUGGACGGAUGGUGGGGUGUCUCAGGGAAGACCACCCUCUCCACAGAAUCAGUCUCAAACACAAGGCCAGCCCCAGAGACAGGUCAGCGACGUCUAUUCCAACACCCUGCCUGUCCGCAGGCCCCAGCCUGCUAAAAACAAGACCUCUGUGGGAGAAACACGAACUCUGCCCAGGUCAAGUUCCAUGGCCGCUGGUCUGGAGAAGAACGGACGUUCUCGCGUGCAGGCCAUUUUCUCCCACACUGCUGGCGACAAUAGCACCCUAUUGAGCUUUACUGAGGGUGACAUCAUCACCCUGCUGGUGCCAGAGGCUCGGGACGGCUGGCACUAUGGGGAGAAUGAGAAAAACAAGAUGCGGGGCUGGUUUCCUUUUUCCUACACCCGAGUGCUGCCUGACAGUGACAGCGAGAAGUUAAAAGUCAAUCUUCACCAUGGGAAGAGCAGCAGCACAGGAAACCUGCUGGAGCGAGAGGACAUGUCCUUACCCAUGCCUGACUAUGGUCUGACUGCCCGACUGUUGGCACAGAGCCUAACACAGACUCGACCACGUCCCUACAGCAUGGCAGGCUUCGUACAGCCAGCACUAGAGGAUUAUGAUGGGCUCUUAAGUUCCGAUGGCAAAUUGAUUUCGACAGUGUGAACACAGAGAGACUAUCAGACAGAUCCGGAUAGCACAGGGGCCACACCCCUACGUCCUUUAGCCCCUCCCCCUCUUAAGCUCUGCCUCCACACACUCCUCCUCCAAUGGAAGGGGCCAGUCUCAUCCCUCCUUUCUGUCCUCUCUUCCUCCCUGCGUCUUGCUGGGGUGAUAGUGGCAGUCGGGUGUGGUGGGUCGGGGGGGAUCUCUGAGAAGAACAACCGGAAGGCAGUCCAACUGCUCGUCUCGCUGCUUUACGGACUCUGAUUCGCCUGUAGUGACGCCGCUAUGACAUUGCCGUGGACUCCAAAGAGACUGCUUACCACUUCCCAUCUUUCAUGCAUGAGCACAAGUUUUGCUAUGUGGUUGUUUUUCAAAAUGACAUCCUCAUGUAAAAGCAAAUUUGGUCUUUUGGAGCAGCUCUUCUCAUUCCGAAGCUCUUGCUGAGUGUUUUUAUAAGCAGAUGUGAUGGGAGCCUCAUGGCAAAUGAGGAAUGUGUUUGUUUUUUUUUCUGUGUGGUUUAGUUGUGCAGAGUGUUUUUGAAGAGCAUUUGAGUUUUGUGAAUCCUUCAUGUAUUACCUGGUGCUCCUCUGGUCCAGAGGCUGUGUCGCUUGGUGCCGCAACAAGCUUAGAUUUUCCUCCGAUUCACCCAAGAAAUUGGAAUGAUUGGAAGGGAAAAUCGAAAUUUGCUCUCAUUAAACAAGUGCCAAAUAAGAGUGGUCCUAAGAAACUACAGUGAAGGUCGCAUGAGCUUCAAAAUCCUUGUGUGGGACUGUGCUGUUCGUCCAGACCAGCGUGGGUCCGCUCACCCUACAUGCAUGAAAGAAAAGUGCUCUGAGCAGAAACCUGUCCCCCACCAAAAAAAAUCUAAUUUUCCUGCCUCAGACAAUUUAAAAGGUUUGUUUACCCAAAAAUGAACAUUAACCUAUAAAUAACUCAUCCUGAAGUCAUCCUAGGUGUAUAUGACUUUCUUCUUUUAGACAAAUCUAGUUGGUGUUAUUUAAAAAUUGUCUUUGAUCUUUCAAGCUGUUUGAUGCCACUCAGCGGGUGCUGUACUGCAUCGGUCCAUGAAGUUUAAUAAAAAGCGCAUCCAUAAAAAAAGUCUCACACACCAUCGGGGGGUGAAUAAAGUCAUCCUGUAGCGAAUCUAUGCAUUUAUGUAAGAAAAAUACCUAUAUUCCAAGAUAUUCACUUCAAUCUAGCUUGCGCUCACAGUUGUAAACCAAGCAGUUCCAGGGGAAUGACGUAUGAGGUCAGCUUUGUACAUGCACUGCUCAGAAGUGAUGCACACAGAAACCUAGGGAUGUAAUGAUUACCGGUUUGACGAUAAAUCAUGAUUAAAUUUCCCAUGGGUUAGUAUUACCGUUUCAUCUUUUAAUUUUCAUUAAAACCAUAUUUGAUUACUGCGAUUUUAACAACUUGCGAUAAAUAAAUACUGUCCAGCAUAAAGCACAGUUUUCCAUAACCAUCUCACGUGUGCACAGCACGCAGAGUAGUUUUGUUUUGAGUGAAAACAGGGUAGAAAAACUGGAAAGUUUUAAAAGAGUACUAAGGAAAUUAUACAAAUGAAAAUGAAUUAAUUAUAUGAAUGUACCUCUGAAGGUUCCCACUGUCUUCAGAAACAAUUCGAUGGCAUUUUGUCUCCAACUUUGCUCCAUGUAAUACCUAAAGGAAGUGUUCGUAAUCGAAAUGCUGUUUUGUCCACGGAGGUUAUGGGAAACGGCUGUAAUUCAUCUUUUCCAUAAGCACCGCCUGCUGUCUGAGAGUGGAUUUACGGAGACCUAUAUUUACAUUCAGUUUGUGUGCAGCUUCUGUCUGGCCAAAAACCGACUGAAUUUGUAUGCCCUGCUGUAAAUUUUGACCAGUUGAUGCAAAACAAGUUUAUGUGGAUUCUACACAUUUAAACAAUUCAGAUAAGAUAUCUAGAAUUAUUUAUAGGGCAGAUAAAAUACAUCUAAUCAUUUAUUAAGCAAUUAUCAUUUUGACAUAUCUUUAUUUAAAAGGCUGAAAUGUGUGGUUUAUCUUUUUAUUAAACUUUUUCAAAGCUUUAUUUGAUCAUUUACAUUAAAUAUCUCACCAUGCUAUUAAACUGUUGUCAGUCAAGUUAUCAUUUAGAAUCCAGACAUCAUUGGUAAUGUUAUUGUUUUACUUCUCUUGGACUGAUGCAGUGCAACACCCACUGAGUGACAUCAAACAGUUUGAAAGAUCAAAGACCAUUUUUAAAUAACUCUAUACACCUAGGAUGACUUAAAGGGGAGUAAUUAAUGGGCUAAUUAUAUUUUUGUGUGAACUAACCCUUUAAAGUAUGGGAUCAGAAAAGUAUGGAAAUUAAUAUUUUGACGGUAUGAUUCACAAAUGUGACCUAAUUCACAUAAUUAGAUUUUCAAAUGUUCAUUUGAACACAAGCGUGUUCACAAAUUGAGACCCAUGAACUGAUGGAUAAGCUUGAAUUAGAGUGUGAAUGUUUUCAGACUGUUCUUAGAGGUUUUGAUUCAAAAAUAAAAUAAUCACUUUUUGGUAAAAUAGUGAUUAAAAUGUCAAUAUUUAUUCAUUUUUGUAUUCUUGUUUAUUUGUAUUUAUGUAGUUUUUUCAUCAAGUACAUCCUCUUCAGCCAAUCAAGUGAGAGUUAGAGAUCAAUGCACUGGACAACACUGAAAUGUUGAAAUGAAAUGCAAUGUGAAAGGGUCUUCAUAGGGACAGUUCUCUUAAAAAUGAAAUGACUGUCAUCAUUUACUCACCCUCAUGUUGUUCCAAAACCAUAAGACUUUGGUUCAUCUUUGAAACCGAGAAUAAGAUAUUUUUAAUGAAUCCUGAGAGGUUUCUGUCCCUCCAAGUAAGCAAAAGAACCAAAGUUUUAUGGAAAAGUUUUAAAUGAUGACAGAAUUUUCAUUUAUGAGUGAACUACCUCUUCAAAUUAUGCCUUUGUGAAUAUAUACAUUUUAUUUUGUGAAUAUCAAUCAGGUCACACAUUUGUGUCAUAUUUUGUGAAUAUAUUAAUUUUAGCCUAGUAUGAACCCAUACUUAAAUGCCACCAGCCCACAUCUUUAAAACAUUCCCGUUGUAGUAUGUUUCCAUGCAGUUUUAGGAUGUUGACUGACAGAUCCUCUGGAGCUGUGGUGUAGUCCUCGCUGUUUUGAUGUUCUUUAGUUUCUUCUUCCUUUUUUUUUCUUUUUUUUUUUUCUUUUGAAAAUAGACUUACUAGGAAAAAUGCACAAGAAAUCAGUGUAACAAUCACAAUAUGCAUGCUGAGGAGGAACAUAGUGAACAUUGACCUUGAAUGUAUGGUGACUUUUUACGAAAGGAAUAAAUAAAUAUCUAUAUAUUAAUAAAACAUUUGUUCAAA